AAUAAAAAAAAUCAAAUUCUCGAAUCUGCAGCGUUGCCAUCUAUCGUCGGCUAAUCAACUUUUUUCCCAUUUAUUUAAUCAUAUGAUUUUGGUGUUUGCUUUUCAACCGCAUCUUUCAUAACUUGUUUUUUUUUUUUUUUUUGGUUUGCAUACUAUCUUUCUUGUUUCAUACAUUCACUAUUAUCGAUUAUUGGCCAUCUUUGAUGAAUCAACAACAGUUGCCGUCACAUCAUCAAAAAUGAUGGUCAAACUAGUUUUUUAAAUCAAAUUUUAACCGUCUUCAACAAUAAUAUGUAUAUGUACACAUUUAAAUCAAUAUAUUGACACGUACACGUAGGUGUAAUUUUUAUACCGGGGGAAAAAAAAAUUUCACAAAUCAAAAUCGAUAUUGACCUCAAAAAUUAUAACCAUAAAUCUAUUUUCUUCUAUUCAAUUUCUAAAUUUUUGCUUAUUCAGUUUUUUUUUAUUUUUCUUUUUCAUUUAACAUUCAUUCGUUCAAAAACUAAACAUUACAAAAUGAAAAUCAUCACUGUUCAAGCACCGGUCAACAUUGCCGUGAUCAAAUAUUGGGGUAAAAAAGAUGAAAAUCUUAUUAUUCCAUUAAAUGAUUCAAUCAGUGGCACACUUUCGAUGGAUCAUCUUUGUGCAACAACUUCCAUUGCAUUCAGCAAUGAAUUUGAUUCCAAUCGUAUGUGGCUAAAUGGUGUAGAAGUUAAAAUCGAUGAUAAUAAACGAUUAGUUCGUUGUAUUGAAAAUGUUCGAAAAUUAGCCGAAUCAACGGUUGGUUGGCCAUCGAAUCAUUAUAUUCGUAUAUGUUCAAGGAAUAAUUUUCCAACUGCUGCUGGUUUAGCAUCAUCAGCUGCUGGUUAUGCUUGUCUCUGUUAUGCAUUAUGUAAAUUGUUUGAAAUCAACGAUCCUUAUAUUAUAUCAUCAUUAGCUCGAUUAGGUUCUGGUUCAGCUUGUCGUUCAAUUUAUGGCGGUAUUGUACGAUGGAUUGCCGGCUAUGAUCAUCAAACUUCUAUAGCUCGACAAGUGAUUACUGAAAAUGAAUGGCCAGAAAUCCGUAUUUUUGUCUGUGUGGUCAGUGAUCACCGUAAAGAUACAUCAAGUACAUCUGGUAUGCAGCUUAGUUGUCAAACAAGUUCAUUGAUAAAAUAUCGUGCCGAAAAUGUUGUGCCUGAUCAUUGUGAUCAAAUCCAGAAGGCAAUUAAUGAAAGAAAUUUUGAUAAAUUUGCUGAAAUCACCAUGAAAGAUUCGAAUCAAUUUCAUGCUAUUUGUCAGGAUACUUAUCCACCAAUUCGUUAUAUGAAUGAUACUUCCUGGUCCAUUGUAAAUCUGAUUCAUUUUAUUAACCAUUCUUUUGGUCAUAAUGUUGCCUGUUAUACAUUUGAUGCUGGUCCAAAUGCAUGCAUUUAUUGUCUUGACAAUCAUGCUCCAAUACUAAUUAAAUCGAUUCGUCGAAUGUAUCAAAAAAAUGAUGGAACUGAAUUGGAAAUUAAAGGCAUCACAUAUCAAACUGAUCAAAUAGUCAUUGAUCAAAAAAUCAACGAUUACAUUGAUAGCCGUAAACAAAAUGCUGAAGAUUUAAAGUAUAUAAUUUCUACUCGUUUGGGUAGUGGACCAAAAAUUCUUACCAAUCAAUUUGAUUCAAAUUGUCUUCUUCUUGACAAUGGUUUACCAAAAAAUUGAAUCUAUUUUCAUUUAUUAAAUUUUUAUUUAAUUGAAA